GCCUGCCGUCCUCCACGCGGCCGGUGUGAACUUUCGUGGCGAAUGUGAACGCAGGCAGCAAGUAACAACAUGUGCCCGAUAAUGUAAGAAUCGAAGUCUCUAAACGGGUCCACAACAAUCUCAGUACCAGUCCCAGACACAUGUCAGGUCAAAAUUCAUACCCGCCGCCAGGCGGCAAUCAAAAACACCCAUUAGGAAGCAACAACCCAUACGCACAUCAAGAGCAAUCCCUGCAGCAGAACCCCUGGCAAGACCAAGAGUCAGCUGGCAGCCCGUACGCAUCAACGGAGGCACACAAUUACGCUCCGCCACCCGGUCCACCACCCGGUCAAUGGUCCCAGCAACAACAGCAGCAGCAGCAGCCACGCCGAACCGACACGUUCGAGGAGUCGGCCUUCGUGCCCGAUGAGGAGCGUGGCGAGCAGCGAGAAGCCUUGGAGCAGUUCGAGAUGAGCAAGCCUCAAAGCCAAGAGGAUCGCGAUCUUGAAACGUUGCAGCGAGAGUUUCCGAGCGUUGAUGGCAGUUUGAUUGCUGCGCUGUAUGGCGAUUCGAAGUCCCUACCCGCGACGCGAGAGAUGUUGCAGGAGCUGGCUAGCUCUAGCUAAUCCGCCGCAAGGGAAGUUCUACUACCCAGGCGUCUUGUGAACCCAAGCUGCUCUACCUGGGAAAGUGUGACUCCGAGGUAACAGAAACCGUAGCCUUUUCAUUAGGCACACAACUGCACCAGCAUACUAGCACUCUUCGCCGAGAAG